CCUGGCGCAGGGCGGUGGUCCCGCUUCCCUCCGGUUCUGCAGCGGGACGCGGAGCCUGAGACCAAGUUCGUUCAGAUCCCACCUUCAGGGUCUGAAGCCCUUUCUGCUCGGCCCAGACCCAUCGUUUUAGGAAAAUACUGAAGACGCUGACUUUGAACUCCCUCAAGGGGCUUUUCUUUGGAGGACUUGGCGGAAAUGAGGCGCUAGAGAUGGAGUCUACAGCCUACCCUCUCCAUUUGACCCUGAAAGAAGAACAACAAGAAGAAGAAAUUCAGAGCCGGGAACUGAAGGAUGGCCCAACCGAUAUGCAGAAAGUACGAAUCUGCUCAGAAGGUGGAUGGGUACCGGCCCUAUUUGAUGAGGUGGCCAUAUAUUUUUCCGAUGAGGAGUGGGACGUUUUGACGGAGCAACAAAAGGCCCUCUACCGGGAAGUCAUGAGGAUGAAUUAUGAAACUGUUCUGUCCCUGGAAUUCCCAUUCCCUAAGCCUGACAUGAUCACUCGGUUGGAACGGGAGGAAGAUUCUGGUAAUUCUGAGGAGUGGCAGAUCCAAGGAGGACCCAUUACAGAAAAUGAAGACUAUGACAUGAAGCCUCCAGAUUGGGCGACCCCAAUGAACACCACCUCCCAGUUCCCUCAGCCUCAGCAUCUUGACAGCUUUGGCCUGCGCCUGCCUCAGGACCUCACCGAGCUGCCUGAGUGGAGUGAGGGGUACCCCUUCUGCAUGGCCAUGGGCUUCCCCGGGUAUGACCUCUCGGCUGAUGACCUAGCUGGGAAGUUCCAGUUCAGCCGGGGCAUGCGCCGCAGUUACGAUGCGGGAUUCAAGUUGAUGGUAGUGGAGUAUGCCGAGAGCACCAACAACUGCCAGGCUGCCAAGCAGUUUGGAGUGUUCGAAAAGAACGUUCGUGACUGGCGCAAAGUGAAGCCGCAGCUCCAGAAUGCCCAUGCCAUGCGGCGGGCAUUCCGAGGCCCCAAAAACGGCAGGUUUGCUCUGGUGGACCAACGUGUGGCUGAGUACGUGAGAUACAUGCAGGCCAAAGGAGACCCCAUCACCAGGGAGGCGAUGCAGCUGAAAGCUCUGGAAAUCGCCCAGGAAAUGAACAUCCCAGAGAAAGGGUUCAAAGCCAGCUUGGGUUGGUGUCGAAGAAUGAUGAGAAGGUAUGACCUGUCUCUGAGGCAUAAAGUGCCUGUGCCCCAACACCUGCCUGAAGACCUGACUGAGAAGCUCGUCACUUACCAGAGGACUGUGCUGGCUCUGCGCAGGGCACACGACUACGAGGUGACACAGAUGGGGAAUGCAGAUGAAACACCCAUCUGCUUGGAAGUGCCAUCCAGGGUGACUGUGGACAACCAGGGUGAGAAGCCCGUCUUGGUCAAAACUCCAGGCAGGGAAAAACUAAGGAUCACGGCCAUGCUUGGUGUCUUGGCUGAUGGGAGGAAGUUACCUCCAUAUAUCAUUUUGAGGGGAACCUACAUCCCCCCGGGAAAGUUCCCCAGUGGGAUGGAAAUUCGCUGCCAUCGCUAUGGGUGGAUGACUGAGGAGUUGAUGCAGGACUGGUUGGAAGUGGUGUGGAGACGGAGGACAGGAGCUCUUCCCAAGCAACGGGGGAUGCUGAUCCUCAACGGCUUCCGGGGCCAUGCCACUGAUUCUGUGAAGAGUUCCAUGGAGAGUCUGAACACCGACAUGGUGAUCAUCCCCGGGAGCCUGACCCCGCAAUUGCAGGUGCUGGACGUGGUGGUCUACAAGCCAUUGAAUGACAGUGUGCGCGCCCAGUACUCCAACUGGCUUCUGGCUGGGAACCUGGCACUCAGCCCCACUGGGAACGCCAAGAAGCCACCCCUGGGCCUCUUCCUGGAAUGGGUCAUGGUAGCAUGGAACAGCAUCUCAAGUGAAUCCAUUGUCCAAGGGUUCAAGAAGUGCCACAUCUCCAGCAACCUGGAGGAGGAAGAUGACGAACUGUGGGAAAUCGAGAGCGAGCUGCCUGGAGGGGGGGAACCACCGAAAGAAUGUGAUACUGAGAGCUUGGCUGAAGGCAACUGAAGGACCAGUGCAACAGAUGACACUAUGGUUGAAACAGUUGGGGAAAGUCCUCAAGAAGAUCAUUCUUGAGCAUGUGGAUGCACAGGGAGCUCCAGGAAGAGGCAGAAUGGGGCUCAGAGCAGCUGGGAUCCACCAGCAGCCAGCACAUCCCAGGGCACAGCCCCUCACGCCCUGCCCACGAAGUGCCAGAGAAAUCCUGGACCUUUAUGCUCAUCAGAGAUUAAAAUACUAAUGAAAUUUGGCCACAUUUCUUCUUUUGGAGCUGACUCCAUCUGUCCAUCAAAGAAAUGUGUAAAUACUACCCAGCAAAGAUAUAGGCUGGAGAAGAGACCAUCUGUUCAGCACCAACAAAGACAGCUUAUGGGUACAACUCUAGUGGUGUCCUUCCUGUGGAAAGAAAAAACCGUCGAAUCCUCUGCCUUUGAAAAUGCUUCCAGAAGUAGAACCUGUCCCCACAUGGGUCAAGACUACAUACAGUAAAGGUUUUGUACAAAUGUGUCACUUAUAUUUACCUGCUACUUACACAUUUUCUCUUGGGAAACUGAUUUACUAAGGAUAACUGCAAAAUCAAGACACACUGGCUUGGUGCCAGAUGGCUUUUCUAUAGACAAACUACAUACAGUACUGUGGAAGAUAGAAAUUCAAACAAAUAAUGCUGUUUUACUUAUCUUCCCAGUUGGUUGGCAGCUAGACUUUUAGGGUCUUGUUUAAUGGCCCUAUCUUUUUCAUUGUUGUAUUUAAUGAUAAGGCAAGCAAUUAGUACACAAAUCCUUCUGUUUUUCAGGCUGUCUGCAGAAGUCACUAAACUGUCUGCUGUCUCCAUGGUGUAAGGCCCAUUGGCUCAUCUGAUACCUCUUUUCAUUUCUUUAACGUUCUUGUCAGAAAGGCAGUGGAAAGCUUGAGACCUUAGCCCCAGCUGUCCUAUGACUAACCUCCAAGGACAGGAGACCAUUGGAUUUUUACAUGAGUUAUGUGCAUUCCCAUGUAAUUUGAGUAUUUGGAAACAUUUCUUCAAAGUUGUCUGUGCUACAGAAAAAAAAUAUAUGUCAGAACCUCAAAGACAAAGCCAUUGCUAGACCUAACAUUCCCAAAACCACUUUUCCUUCCUGUACACGGGGCUCACAUGUAUUUUAUAAGAUGUUUUUGGCUUCCUGAACCACCUAUUUCUACUCAGGUACUCAUUUUCCUGUUGGUCUUUUUCUGAUCUUAUUAAGCCAGUUGCACAGUCACACACAGGUGGGCAGUUUCACUUCUAGUAUCUAAAUGCUGUUCAGUGUUUGAAUUGAUUCCCUCUUAGCUUUUUAACCUAUAAUACCCUUGGUCAUCCAGAAGUGGCAUUUAAACCUUUUUAUUUUCCAUUCCAUUUCUAUUUAAUUUUUCUUCCCACUGACAUACUUCUUAGCCCUCUUUUUCAUGUCUUAUUUCUCUUGUGGUGGGAGCUUAAAAUUAGAUGUCAUGAAAUCUAAUUUAGGAUUCCAGCAUGGGAGCCACAGCUGUCUUGCCCAGAAGAGUAGAAAAUGGGUUGGACUCCUGUUUCAUUCCUUCACCUUGAGUCCUCCUCACCACCUUGAGUCUCAAGAGAUGAUGCCUUACAGGUUGCAUAGCACUGGAACUUUCCUAGAGUGAUGGCUGCUGUCAGGGUCUUCUGGGCUCACACUUACAUUCCCUUUAUGAUCUAUGCCUCACAGGGCCCUAGGCCAACUGUUUUGCAGAAAGGCUGUUUGCCUAGAAUUCCUAUAGCACACAAGACAUAGUUAUACCCCCUAGUAGAUAGGAACUGACCCCAAGAAUAAACUUUGAUAAUAAAGACA